AUGACCAAUGACAAGACAGAUGCCAGCGAGUAUUUCACUGUUAACACCACGACAGGAUUCCUGUAUCAAAUAAAGAACUUUGAUUACGAAGACACCAGAAUCCAGUGCGGUUUGGGAAAAACUGGAGGAAUCUUAAAUAUCACUGCAAAGGACGGCCCACAUACCGUGUCAACAAUCCUGAAUGUAAACUUUAUUAACCUGGAUGACACUCCCCCCGUGUUCGUCAGAGAUGAUUGCUCCUCUACCUGCUACUCUUGUCGAGUUCCGGAUAUAUCUGUCACCAUUGAUUACUUUACUCAGGGAAUCAUCAAAACUGAACCUAGCCGCUUAAAGGCCAUCGAUACAGAUAGUCCUCGUUCAAAAAUUACAUACAAAUUAACAGCAUAUCCUGAAAGAUACAUAGACAAUAUUGCGUUUGAAAAUGGUACUUUCAUCCUUAGUCAGUCGUUUGCAAACUUCUCCAACUCCAGUGAAUCUUCAGACUUCCGUGUGGUGGUAGUUCUGCAGGCAUUUGGAAGUAACGGUCAGAAAUCAGAGCCUUUCGUUUUAAUAAUGCAUGUAACAUUACCUCCAACCACGACAAAAGACACAACAACCAUAGAAAUGGGGAUUCUUUUAACAACAAAAGAAGGAGCGUUUGACCAUCCGAUGCUAGGUGAAUCUAAAUCUGAUUCAACAAAAGAUAUAGCCAUCAUUGUUCUCUCUAUAUCUACAGGACUGUUACUGAUAGUUGUAAUAGCAUUCAUUUUUUAUAAAAGAUGGUCCACUAGAACAAAACAGGAGAGUCCUAGCACUGGUUAUGAGGAAGUAAAAACAGACAACAAUCAUCAAGAAAAUGUGUAUGCUACCAUAACAUUAUAA